AUGUUAUCCCGUCGCAAUCGUGGUGCACAUUAUGCAAGAGGAUUUCACAAACAACAAGAAUCUGGCCCAACGAGGCAUCGAGAACCAUCACCAACGAAGACUCGUGGGCGCCUAACUUCAUGCCGUUUGAUUCCAUGCUUAUUUGUCGUUGCAGUUCUUUUCUUGCUGUUGAGCCUUUUGGUUGGAGGAUGCAUGCUCUCUGUAGAGGAUAGUCUAUCCUCCCUGUUGGAAAGUUCUGUCUCGACAUUCACUGGGCCUCGGCGACCGACCAAUCGGGCAUGUCUUGGUUACAGGGGAAUAUAUCACAUCGAGAAAGGAGAUAUCGGCGGGGCUGCUGGUACUGUAUUCUUUCAAUUCGUGAUCGGUCAAAUCUUAUGGGCGGAGAUUUACAAUUUCAAGCCGUGGGUUCAUUUGAGCAAUGUGUCCUAUAUCGUCUAUGACCCGAAGGUCCAUGGGCAGGGCCCAGGUGUUCAAUUCACGAUGCAGGAAGGGCCAAACAUCACAUAUAUACAUCGACCAAACGGUCAUAUAAAGGAUUAUGUACCAGGGCCACCAGAAAAUAUGGAUGUUCCUGUUCAAAAGGACUACAACUUCUCGGGCAGUGGCGUGUGGAAUGACUACUUUGAACCUGUAUCAGAUUUUGUACCAGGAGACACUUCGUGUCGAAACAAGCCACUAGUAACAAUGGACCUCUUUCAAGUCACACCUGGUGUACAUGGCUUUGCCGAAUGGGCCCCACGAUGCUGGAGAUACGAGUACUUGCCGGAUUAUAUCACCAGACCACACAUUCCACUCCAAGAAUGGCUCGAACCACAGAGGAGCAUCGGACACCGUGUAUUGAAACAAUACAUCAGAUUCCUCCCGCACAUUCGUAAAAAAGCUGAAACUUUCAACCCAUCGUGCUCGCUGUUUUCGAAUCCAUGCUUGGGAAUUCAUAUUCGACAAUCCGAUAAAGCAGCAGGUCGACGACAGAUUCAAACCGACGAGUUUCUUCCAUACGUCCUCUCAUUUUUAGAAUCUGGGGGCAGCUCGAUAUAUUUGGCUACAGAUUCCACUUCUGUUGUCGAUCAUAUAAAAAAUUCGUGGCCAGUAGGUAUCCAAAAACGGAUACGAUCUAUGGGUGAUGACAUUGUCCGUUCGACGAAUGCAGAGGCGGUGUUUGACAUUGGAUCCCAUCAUCGCACAAACGAAGAAAUUUUGAUCGAAAUCCUUGCAUUGGCAAAGUGUCAAUUUAUGGUUCAUGGACUCAGUGCCGUAACAGAAUCAAGUAUCUGGAUCAAUCUCAAUCUACACGCUACUUCUGUCAAUCUUGAAGAUCCAGAUCACAGUGAUCCUUCUGCCUUUAAGGAGAUGGUGUCGAAGGUUCUCACCGGAGGAAAUGCAACCGAUAUUAUGCUGCAGCGACGGACUAGCAACUGGUGGAAAAAAGACGAGACACAUGUUUGGCCACGGGAACCAACUCAUUCAGCUUGUGAAGGAUCUUCUGGUCUCCUUCAUAUUGCUCAUGUUGGCCAUCAAGCAGGCUUUGGUACUGCAUUCUUUACAUCAGUUGUCAACCAGCUCAUAUAUGCCGAGGAUAAUAAUCUAACACCUUGGAUUCAUCUGUCGGAGAAAGCAGAAUAUAUAUACGACGAUGACGUUCAUGGCGUUGGGGAACCUAUCUCCUUUCAAGCCAAAGUGGACCAUGACAUUAAUUUUAUCCGGCACACAUUCAAUGAAAGCUACUACUAUCCAGGACCACCAACUUUAAGUGACAAAGGUCGGACGAUUGCCAUGAGUGUUGAUGGAACUGGUAUAUGGAACAGCUACUUCGAGCCUGUGUCUGAAUUCCACAAGGACGAUUCUUCUUGCCAUAAUCAACCUUUCCUUUCGAUGGAAUACAACAUGGUCACUUCGCCGUUGAAUAGUUGGUCACCGUGGUCGGUCAAAGCAUGGCGAUACGAUGAUAUACCCGGCAGGCUAUGGAAGGAUGAAAAUAUGAAACUAAAGGACUUUCUCGCACCCAUGAGAAUUAGAGCGAGUAAAAUUGUCAAAAAGUAUUUUCGAUUCCAUUCGUUCAUUGAGACCAGGGCUCAAGAAGUUAAUCCAGUCGAUGCUUCAUCCCCGUGUCUAGCUAUUCACCUUCGAAAUAGCGACAAGGGUGGCGAAAAACACCGUGGAAAGUUUCCACCAAAUAAAUUUCGACCGUACAUGCAAGCUUUUAUCGACGCUGGUGGCAAGGACAUAUACAUCGCCUCAGAUUCACAUCGAACUCUGGAAUACAUUCAAGAACACUUUCCUUCAGAAAUCACUAACGCAAUUCGGACGCAAGGUCAAUAUGUUGUUCGUUCCACGAAGAAAUGGCCAAUCCAUUCCCUUGAGAAGCACCAUCGUACAAAUAGUGAAGCAUUGGUAGAUAUCCUGUCCAUGUCCAAGUGCUCUAUGCUUUUGCAUGGUCACAGUGCCGUUUCAGAGGCUGCAAUAUAUCUUAAUCCAGACCUCCACGAUACAAGUGUUAACUGGGAGGAUCCAGACAAAAUGAGUGUGAUAGAGUUCAAAGAAAUGUCACGGACCAUCUUGAAAGAGUCCUUGUCGCAGCCUGCUGCAGAGACCGCGAUUGCAGAGCCAAAAAUCAAGGACCCACUGAUAUUGCAUGGCAGCGAAAGCAGAAUAUGCAGGAAAAAUGCCAUUGUGUACCUUGCACAAAAAAAGCACUCGUCAUACAAAGGAAGAGACAGCUAUGGCCUACUUUUGGAGUCUCUGAGUCUCAUUAACAAGAACUAUUUGGCUUUGAAGAACAAUGCUGAUAAUUUUGACAUCAUCAUCUUCCAUACCGCAGACUUUGAUGCAUCGGAUCUAGACGUUUUCCGUGCGCGAUUUGGUGAAGGUUUCGGAGAAAUGGUUCACUUUGUUGAUCUGGCCAACACCACCUACUGGAAGCGGCCAAAGUGGCAUGAAAAUGAUGACCCUAGUAGUUGGUAUGCUUUUCCCCUCUUCUCUGAGGGAUACCGAAGGAUGAUGCAUUUCUUUGCGAUUGAUAUUUGGAAUUUCUUCCGCGACUACGAGCAAUCGUCUGGCUGUUCUUAUAGGUACAUUAUGCGCUUCGAUGAAGAUUCCUAUCUACACUCACCGAUCCAAUAUAAUAUAUUUGACUUUAUGGAAAAGAACAAGUACUUGUAUGGAUUCAGGAUUUGUGCCUACGAAAUGCAGGUGACACAGAGAAUUUGGAAGCUCUGGCGACGGAGAAAGAACAAUCCCAAGCCUCUCCGUGAUAUUGAGCUCCAGAUGUGCGGAAUUUACAAUAACUUUUUUGUUGCGAAUCUGGCACACUUUCAGAGCCAACCAGUUCAACGAUUUCUGAAUUUUGUGGACCGACAAGGAUUUAUCUAUCGUCGGCGACUUGGUGAUUUAAUGAUUCAUUCCAUGGCCACUUAUGCAUUUACACCUCCAGAACAAAUCCACCGCUUCCUUGACUUUACCUACGAGCAUGGUACCGUCAACCAUACUAGUGGUUGUGUUGUGUGGGGUGGAAUUCAAGCUGGAUACGAUGACCCAAAAGCUGACGAAACGUUGAACUCAUUUUGGCAAAGAAAGGUUGCUGAUGUUGGCAAUUGCGCCAACAAGGACUACCUCCUAUCCAAGGAAAAUCUAUCACCGACGUAUUCACAUCUUCCACCGGAAAAGGCCGGAGUCCAGCUCAGAACCAUAAUGGAUGGCAAGAUUGAACUACCUGACAAGGGACCACUCAGCGGCUGA